AUGUGGGCUUUGACGGCCGCGGUCGUGGUGGUGGUGGGGUUAACGUUCGGCAGUGGCUAUGGCUUCCCGGAGGAGGAUUUGGUGGCCAGGUUGCCGGGUCAGCCGCCGGCGACGUUCAGGCAGUUUGCUGGGUAUGUCGAUGUGGAUGUGGAGAGAGGGAGGAGCUUGUUUUACUACUUUGUGGAGGCUGCUGAGGAACCCCAUCGCAAGCCCCUCACUUUAUGGCUCAAUGGAGGGCCGGGUUGUUCAUCUAUCGGUGGAGGUGCCUUCACUGAGUUAGGUCCCUUCUUUCCUAAAGGUGAUGGAAGAGGUCUCCGAGUGAAUUCGAAAUCAUGGAACAAAGCUUCAAAUCUUCUCUUUGUGGAGUCUCCGGCAGGGGUAGGAUGGUCAUAUUCAAAUACAAGCUCAGACUACACUUGUGGCGAUGCAUCCACAGCAAGCGAUAUGUACAAGUUCAUGUUGGGGUGGUACAAGAAGUUUCCUUUAUUGAGGACCAGAGAUUUAUUUUUGACAGGAGAAAGUUAUGCAGGACACUACAUCCCGCAGUUAGCUGUUGCUCUUCUGGACCACAAUGAACACUCCAAAGAUUUCAAGUUCAACAUUAAGGGAGUAGCUAUUGGAAAUCCACUUCUGAGGCUAGACCGUGAUGUUCCAGCAACUUACGAGUAUUUCUGGUCACAUGGAAUGAUUUCCGAUGAAAUCGGACUUACAAUCAUGAAUGACUGUGAUUUCGAUGACUACACGUUUGACGAUCCACAUAACGUGUCGAAAUCGUGCAACAGUGCCAUUACCAAGGCGAAUGAGAUUGUUGGUGAUUAUAUAAACAAUUACGAUGUGAUUCUUGAUGUGUGCUAUCCAUCAAUAGUGGAGCAGGAGCUUCGUCUCAAAAAGAUGGCUACGAAGAUAAGUUACGGUGUGGAUGUUUGCAUGAGCUAUGAAAGGCGUUUCUACUUUAACCUUCCUGAGGUUCAGAAGGCUCUACAUGCAAAUCGAACAAAUUUACCCUACAGUUGGUCCAUGUGCAGUGGUGUUUUGAAUUAUAAUGACACAGAUGGAAAUAUCAAUAUUCUUCCAUUGCUCAAGAGGAUCAUUCAGAAUGGUAUUCGAGUUUUGAUCUUCAGUGGCGAUCAAGAUUCAGUCGUACCAUUACUCGGUUCACGAACACUUGUACGCGAGCUCGCUCAUGAUCUUCAGAUCGAAAUCACAUUACCAUAUGGAGCUUGGUUUCAUAAAAAACAGGUGGGAGGUUGGACAACCGAAUAUGGGAACCUGUUGACAUUUACGACAAUCAGAGGUGCAGCUCAUAUGGUACCUUAUGCACAGCCUUCAAGGGCUUUGCACCUGUUCAGCUCGUUUGUUCGUGGCAAAAGGUUGCCGAACAAUACUCGUCCCUCCAUUGACGAUUGA